CGGAAAGUGAAACUAGGAUCCCCGUAAAAAAGAGAAGCAGAAAAGCGUUACCUCAUACUGAAAUGCCGGGACCACCAGCGACGCCAUAAGGUACACUAAAGUUCCUACAGCCAGUGGCCAUGGAAACGGAUAGGGUAUACGUUAACUGGAAAAGCAUUGAUCCUACAGGGCAAACCACGAGUCUGAAUCGCCUAUAUAGCAGGGAUUCCUGGGAUCGCGACGACCCAGUGCUGCUGCACGAGUUGUCUCCACAUAACUACCACAUGAGGCGCUCCAUUGGAAACCACAUCAACCAGCCAAUGAGUAUACCAAUGCCCUGUGAGAGGAUGAACAACUAUUACAACUUUGACCACCAAGAGCCCAUUUAUAGCACAGUGAAGAGCACUGCCAAACAAAGAGCCAUAUGCUUCGAGAACAGCUUGUUUGAUGAGAAUUCCCCAAAUUUGAUAGAUGAUAGAAAAUAUUCGGUAAAAGUUAUCAACAUGAGUGCUGAUGAUACUCCAUGUUUGCUGCCAGAGAUGCAGAGGCCACUAUCUCUUGGAAAGGCACAAACAAGUUCAAGAGCAGACCUGUCUCCGGUAAUGUUCCGAAAUCGACCACGCCCUUGUCUGUCAACGAUUCAGCCAGAGAACAUAUAUGAACCUGUGGAGAAUCGCAGAGCGAUCAGCACCCAGCGGUCGGUUCAUAGUCAGUAUAUUAGCUUUGAGAGAGCGUUGUCGAUGGAAGAAACACCCCCCAAAAUUCCUCCAAGGAAUAAAAUCAAUCUUGACCAGCGUGAAAGCUUCCUUUGCAACAUGGCCAGAAACGAGAGGGCUGAAAAUACCAAGUCACAUGACAAAAAGAUAUGCCUGCCAACCCAAAUGCAGUCAGAGAGCAUGGUCGGUAGAUUAUCUUGCCAACCCAAACAGAGUGCAACUCUUAAUCCGUGUCAAGACCCAAUGGAGAGCUGCUGUCGAAACUGCAAGUCGAUGGGGUUGAAUGAUCCAGGAAUAUCGUUCCCAGAAACUUAUGUCGACAUGAAGAGAGGCCGGCAAAGCGAGACUGGUGCUGGGUUAUCUCAGGUCAUGGAUUGGAACUUGUAUGACAUCAGCAAAGUCUCUGCAGAAAGGAAUCCACCAGAACUUCAAGCACGGUCGACUGCUGUGACGCAAACGUCUGACUUAGAAAACAGGCAGUCGAAUGUCUUGUCUCGUUCCUGCAGUAUUGAUACUCUUUCAUCGGUGGCCACUUCUAUUCAGACACCAGCUUGGUUUGAUGAUUUAAUUACAACCAGUUUCUCUAACUACGCUCUUGGAAAUCAGCGACAUAGCCGCAGCAUGGGCACAUUGCCAGAGUCAAUAGGCAGCAUGGACUUCAUGAACAACAUCAAAAGAGAUCAACGAGUCUACUCAAAGACACAUAUGUACCAACUAGUCAAAACUCAGUUCAGGAGAGAUGGUCAUAUCAUCAUCACAGGUCGACCAGGGACGGGGAAGACAGCCAUGGCCUUUCAGAUUCUCCGAGAUAUUGCUGCUGAAGGAGCAACUCCAAUUGUUGUUGACACCCCCGGAGACUUCCCAGAUCGAAAACCAAGUGGAAAUGUCGUUAUCCUGAUUGAUGACAUGUUUGGGUCAUACAAAUAUGAAGACCAUGACAUUGACCUAUGGAAGAAGAUCUUGAAAAGGCUGGAAGGAAUCUUGGAUGAGCAACCUAGAAAGCAGUACAGCAGUCCAUCAUUUUUCUUUAUUUGUACGUCAAGGACAUAUGUCUUGAAAGAAGCACUGCCAUUUCUUGGAAAGUAUAACAGCACGAUCUUCAGUAGUCAGUAUAUCGUUGACUUGGGAAAAGAGAGUGACUAUGCGGAUGUGGAAAGGAUGAACAUGCUUGACAACCACACCAAGGAAGGAAUGAUGCGAGGCCGUACAAUCGAUCGGGCGGAGAAAGAAGACAUCGUUCGCUGCAGUACAUAUGCAUUCCCACAAACAUGUCAGCUCUUUACAGCAAGUCAACAACUACCUGGAAAGCCAUUACUUUUCUUCCAAUGGCCAGUAAAGUACCUGGUGGAUAUUCUGGAGCCCCUGUACCUCAGUGACAAAAGGAAAUUUGCUGCUUUGCUCUUGAUUGCAAUCUAUAGGAACAAACUGGACAUCUCACUGCUUUCAAAUGACAAGAAUGUUGACGACGAUUUUAAGGAAAGCCUUCAACUUGCUUUGAAGUACGUAGACGUGAAGGAUCCCACACUAAAGCCAUCAGAAAUCUAUCAAGUUUUCAAGAUAUUGACUGGAAGUUUUGUCGAAUUGAAUGGGGAUUCCGUUUCUUUCCUUCAUCCAGUCAUAUACGAUGCUGUAAGCUACAUCGUCGGUGAGAGAAAUUCUGAUUUUGUCCUCAAACACAGCACAAUGAGAUUCAUCUAUGACAGAGUCAGAUUGAUUCCAUCAACUGAAUCUGGAACGGCCUCACGACCUACAGAAGGGGACAGGUCACGGUUUUUGCUCCAUUUGGCACCAGCUCACUUCCAAAUACUGGCAAAACGUUUUGGUCAAGAAAUAUCAGCUGGACAUUUUGCCCUUGUAUGUGCGCAUGAAGCAUGUGCACUUCCUGAGUUUGUUUCGAUCCUGUUUGAGUACCUGAAGCGUAAAGGCCGAGUGGCACGAUCAGUUUCGAAACUCUCCAAGAGGCUGGGAGCGAGAUGUACAAUCCACAAUUCAGACGUCAUAUAUGGUGGCAAGUUCCUGUACUGGACGGUUUGGAACAAAUCCAUGGAACUUUGUAAGAUCUUCCUUGAGAAAUUGUUCUUCACAAAGAGAGAACGAUGUCAAGCUGUCAUAGGGUGCGCUCUGUCUGGAAAUGUCAAGGCAAUGACACUACUGUUGGAUUCACUGGGAUCCGAACAUGCCACGUAUGACCUUGAUUCCUCAAUGCCGUACCUAAUAACGGACCACCCAGAACGUUUACAGAAGCUUGUCCUGCAGAUAGUAAUCCUCGGGUCAACGCCACUUCACAUUGCAUCAGAGAGAGGUCGACUCGGGAUCGUGAAGCUUCUGCUAUCAAGAGAUUUUAACAUCAAUGAAAAAGGACCAAGGGUUGCAGCAACACCACUCCACUACGCAUGUCAAGGUGGCCACAUGGAUGUUGUUUGUCACCUAGUGCAGAAUGGAGCUGACAUCAACAGUCUUGACUGGGUGUUCAGGACCCCUUUGCAUUGGGCUGCUUCUUGUGGAGAGUCAGACGUUGUUAAGAUCUUAACGUUCAACAAUGCCAAUCUUGAUGUAAAGGAUGAUGAAGGGUUGACUCCUCUUCAUUGCGCAGCAUGGGGUGGACAUUUGCAGACAUGCAUUACUCUCUUGAAUGGUGGAGCCUCUCCUAAAAUUCGGACACGCUACAACAAGACUCCCCCUGGACAUCAGCAUUGAUGACAGCUUCAGAAGAGUUCCAAGACACAAUCGUUUUCGACUUUGAUUGUUACGUGGACAAUUCCGGGCAGGCUGCAUACAGGGUUGGACUCCGUGGACCGUUAAUUCUGUCGGUUGCAGCGUCAGCAAUAAUGAUUAAGAGACCAAGGAACCACGAAAUACUGUUCGAGUGGUCGUUCCGAUCAGUCAGGCGGUUUGGCCACACUGAAAUAUCUUUCAAGUUUGAGGCUGGCAGAAACUGUGAGACCGGAGAAGGGGUGUUCAUCCUGCUCACAGUCGAUGGCGCUGACAUCAUGGAAUGCAUCAGAAUGAGACUGAAGUCGAAAGAAGAAUCCGCAGAACCGGAUCUGCUGAUACACAGGAAGGCGCCGCCUGUCUACUAAAGGGUCAGAUUUGUGUUCUUCACAUCCGCAGUUCCUUGAACGAUAAACCAACAGUUCCAAGAACAAUCCAUUUCAAUAUUUGUUGCCAAGGUCUCUGGCUAUAAUGCCACUUGUGUGUGCCAAACGAUGGACUUUGCAAGUCAGCUGGUCAGAUCAGCUGUAUACUUAGUGUGCGUACAUAGUGAAGUGAGGCUCUCUAUCAUUGGCUUCUCUAGUUAAUAUACCAUCCUGGUUAUAACGCAAUAAAGGAUCCUGGACCAUUGUUGGCAUUAUAACCGGGGUAGACUAUAUGUAGAUCAUUGUUUAUUUAUGUACCUACGGUACCCUAGAAGUCUUAUUAAAAUAUUUCUUUCCAAGGCGCCAGAAAUAACUACCAACGAAAUUUAGACAGACUGUUCAUGAGGACCAACCAAUCCAUUUUGUUUCUGAGGCGCGACAUUAGAAGCAUAAGAUUCCAGGAUUCGAAAAUUAUACAGACAGUUCAUGUCAAAUGGAGUCAUAAACAGCGUGGUAGAAUAAGUCAAUGUGAAAGAAACUCUUGAAAUGAACAUUUCGUCUCUUCAUAUUCUUUUGCGUUUUAUGUACAAGUGGAGAUGAGGGUGUAAAUAGUUAGUUGUAUCACAAUGUUAACCUACACACAAAAUGUGAAAUGUUUUUCCCUCUUCCCUGUGGGAGAUUUGGUUCCCAGUAACUGAUGAUAGUUAUGAGAUGCGACAUCAGUUAGGCACGCUUACUUGGUUGAGUGCGUGUUAUUGUUCUUGAUGACGUGGAUCGUUAUGCAUAAUGUCAAUUUUCAGAUUGUCUGGUCCACACUGGAUUAAUUACCGACCGCCGUUAUAUAGCUGGAAUAUCGCUCAAGGUGGCAUUCAACAACAAACACAUUAUUUUCCUGAACAAUUAGCCUGUACAGUUUUGAUAGGAUUUGCUGAAAAUGUUUGGUUUUUUCGUGCACCUUUUUUGCAAUUUGAGCAUUGAGACAAGGCUUUAGGUUUAUUGCUAUUUGGUUUAUUGUCAAGGAUUGGUAUAUCAUUGAACCAGUAGUUGUGAAGAUUAAGUAAAGCUUAGUUUCUGAUCGAAAUAAUUCAGACUCGGUCACUACUGAGGAAUGGUCACAUAAUAAAUGUAGGCCUGUGUAGGUCGUCUAGUACGAAUGGGCGUCCCGGUCAGCGGGUUUUAUUGAUACUUAAUCCCUCACAUUAAUUGUCUGGUUAUUUCAAAUGGCUGCGCAGAUUAUACCCGUUAACUUAUAAUAUAAAAUUCACCCUGGUAAUAAUGCCCCUGGUUAUAACACCAAUGGUGUUAUAACGUUAUUGUUUACCAGUACGGAUUGCCACCGAUUGCAAUUCCCUGGAUAUACCACUGAAGUGCCAAUUCCACCGCCAACUUUUCACUGAGCAAAUGUUCCAAUUCCCUGGUUAUAAUGCCUGAUUUUGUGCCAAAAUAUGGACUGGCCUGAUCACUUGAAUACUUAACGUGUGUACAUAGUGAAGUAAGGCUCUUUAUCAUUGAGUUCCUUAGUUAUUUGCCACCCCGGUUAUAACGCCAUACAUGCUCCUGGACCAAUGUUGGCGUUAUAACCGGGGUAGACUAUAUGUAGAUCAUUGUUUAUUUAUGUACCUACGGUACCCUAGAAGUCUUAUUAAAAUAUUUCUUUCCAAGGCGCCAGAAAUAACUACCAACGAAAUUUAGACAGACUGUUCAUGAGGACCAACCAAUCCAUUUUGUUUCUGAGGCGCGACAUUAGAAGCAUAAGAUUCCAGGAUUCGAAAAUUAUACAGACAGUUCAUGUCCAAUGGAGUCAUAAACAGCGUGGUAGAAUAAGUCAAUGUGAAAGAAACUCUUGAAAUGAACAUUGUGUCUCUUCAUAUUCUUUUGCGUUUUAUGUACAAGUGGAGAUGAGGGUGUAAAUAGUUGGUUGUAUCACAAUGUUAACCUACACACAAAAUAUAAAAUGUUUUUUCCCUCUUCCCUGGAGGAGAUUUGGUUCCCAGUAACUGAUGAUAGUUAUGAGAUGCGACAUCAGUUAGGCACGCUUACUUGGUUGAGUGCGUGUUAUUGUUCUUGAUGACGUGGAUCGUUAUGCAUAAUGUCAAUUUUCAGAUUGUCUGGUCCACACUGGAUUAAUUACCGACCGCCGUUAUAUAGCUGGAAUAUCGCUCAAGGUGGCAUUCAACAACAAACACAUUAUUUUCCUGAACAAUUAGCCUGUACAGUUUUGAUAGGAUUUGCUGAAAAUGUUUGGUUUUUUCGUGCACCUUUUUUGCAAUUUGAGCAUUGAGACAAGGCUUUAGGUUUAUUGCUAUUUGGUUUAUUGUCAAGGAUUGGUAUAUCAUUGAACCAGUAGUUGUGAAGAUUAAGUAAAGCUUAGUUUCUGAUCGAAAUAAUUCAGACUCGGUCACUACUGAGGAAUGGUCACAUAAUAAAUGUAGGCCUGUGUAGGUCGUCUAGUACGAAUGGGCGUCCCGGUCAGCGGGUUUUAUUGAUACUUAAUCCCUCACAUUAAUUGUCUGGUUAUUUCAAAUGGCUGCGCAGAUUAUACCCGUUAACUUAUAAUAUAAAAUUCACCCUGGUAAUAAUGCCCCUGGUUAUAACACCAAUGGUGUUAUAACGUUAUUGUUUACCAGUACGGAUUGCCACCGAUUGCAAUUCCCUGGAUAUACCACUGAAGUGCCAAUUCCACCGCCAACUUUUCACUGAGCAAAUGUUCCAAUUCCCUGGUUAUAAUGCCUGAUUUUGUGCCAAAAUAUGGACUGGCCUGAUCACUUGAAUACUUAACGUGUGUACAUAGUGAAGUAAGGCUCUUUAUCAUUGAGUUCCUUAGUUAUUUGCCACCCCGGUUAUAACGCCAUACAUGCUCCUGGACCAAUGUUGGCGUUAUAACCGGGGUACACUACAUUAUAUGUAGAUCAUUGUUUAUUUGUGUACCUCGUGUUCCCUAGACGUCUUAUUUCAAAUCUUUCAUUCGUUCAGGAUUUUCAUGUGUGUUGGUAUUCCUUAACUAUUGUUAUGCGUCGAUUGCCGCAUUAUCUCCUUUUAACUGUCACACGAGUGAAACGCAUUAGUGUUGUGAACGGGCAAGUCUAUUUUCCACAGAACCGCGUUAUUAUAUAAUGUUUGAGUUCGAUUUGUAUCCCCCCCAAUACGAUAUUGCAAAAAUGACUGUUAUUAGUCAAGCAGACUUCGAAUAUACAAGGUUACACUUUAAAACAAGCGAAAAAUUUCUGUAAUCGUAAGAUCCUUCCGCUAACAUCGAGUCUAUGGUACCAUUCCAAAUAUGAGCUAUGCUUAAUGUGUGUACAUAGUGAAGUAAGGCUCUUUAUCAUUGAGUUCCUGCCACCCCGGUUAUAACGCCAUACAUGUUCCUGGACCAAUGUUGGCGUUAUAACCGGGAUACACACUACAUUAUAUGUAGAUCAUUGUUUAUUUGUGCACCUCGAGUUCCCUAGACGUCUGAAUUCAAAUUUUUCAUUCGUUCAGGAUUGUCAUGUGUGUUGGUAUUCCUUAACUAUGGUUAUGCGUCGAUUGGCGCAUUAUCUCCCUUUAACUGUCACACGCGUGAAACGCAUUAGUGUUGUGAACGGGCAAGUCUAUUUUCCACAGAACCGCUUUAUUAUAUAAUGUUUGAGUUCGAUUUGUAUCCCCCCAAUACGAUAUUGCAAAAAUGACUGUUAUUAGUCAAGCAGACUUCGAAUAUACAAGGUUACACUUUAAAACAAGCGAAAAAUUUCUGUAAUCGUAAGAUCCUUCCGCUAACAUCGAGUCUAUUGUACCAUUCCAACUAUGAGCUAUGUUUGUGUUAAUGGCAUGAAUCACUAUUAAAUAGUAAGGAUAUGAAGUGUUCAGAAAACAUGAAUCAGAUUAUUGGGGGUGGGGGGAUGUGAUGUAAUAUAAAUUUGCUAUGAGGACAAGGAUGUUUCAUUUUUCAAUUUGUUUUCUUAAACAUUCCUCGUACUCCUUUUUAUAAGGCUGCUUAAAGUGUUUGCAUUUUGAAUCCCUUAUUUUCAUUUUAAAACAUUAUGUUUGCCCGUUUUUUAAUCAUGCUAAAUGUCUUUUGCUUUGACACGGGUUUCGUACAGAUGUUGAUUUGAUGAGAUGUGUUUCACAAAACAGUCGGUAAACAAGGAAACGAGGUUGUUGUUUUAACUCUACUCUGAGCGGGUUGAUGGUAUCGUUUUCCUGUGGGUAGUGGUGAUAUUUCCUGCUGGAACCCACUGAAUUUUCUCAAAAGCUGGAAGAACUGGAAUGUUUCAAAUUAUAUACACAAAGAACUUAAUUAAGCACCCUCUGUAUGUUUGCAAUUAUUUUCAACACGUACAUAAACGUUCUCGUGGUGACCACGCUGGAAAAAACAUGAGUUUUUCUGACUCGAAUGAUCCUUUGACUCAUAAAAAACGAGAAAAUGAUUGGAACAUACAUGCUGAUUUUAUAAUGAUGAUUGCUCAUUUAAAAAGCCCACUGAUUUUCAUACAAAACCAUAUCUGUACAAGUAUGGCCCUGGAAUGUUUAAUGUCAUUUUGAAUGCCUUACACGAUUCAAGGUCAAAACCGAGUGUAACCUCCAUGUGAAUAUGGUAGUCAGCACUCUCCUCCCCAUACCCCCUGUCAUCCUCCUGAUCCCACCGAAAGGGCAGUCUCAUUUCUCAUGUAAAGCAGCUUCCAGUUGGGCCAGGUUCUGUACAGGAGGAUCCUGUUCUUUGUGUAUAUCUAACGUCCGUGUCCCAGUUUUUGAAUCAGGUUCUCGUUGAAGGUAUCUACAUUCAGUGUUGUUAUUCAGAUGUUACUAUUCAGAUGAUUUGAAUUUAACAGAUGUAAUAUUUUGUUUUGUGUAUAUAUUUAUCAGAGCAACUUUUCAUUAUGCUUUAUGUAAUAUUUUAUGAAGAAAAUACAUUUUACGAACCCGUC